AUGUCGAGGAUAUGGGCGAGAGUUGUGGGAUUGUUCAGUAGCAAGAGUUUCAUCGGAGUAGACAAGACUGGUAACAAGUACUUCUCCAGAAUGGAGGAGAUUGACGGACUCGUCAAGGAGAAAAGAUGGGUUACCUUUAGACGAGAAGAGGACCCAACCUCUAUUCCUGUUGAAUGGAUAUGUUGGCUAAAUGGGCAGCGAAAAAGAGCGCCGACUACAGAGGAAAUGGCUGAACUUGAAGCAAGGCGUGAGCGUGUGAAGCUUAAUGUUGCUCUUCUCAAGAAAGGAGAGGAGGAGAAGAAAGCCAGAGAAGGCACUGGACGUAAAAUCACGAGCAUCGGUAAAGUUGAUGGUCCAGAUUUGUCAAGCUUUGUUCGCCAAUUUCCACCGGAUUCAAAAGGUGAUAAACCAGAGGAAGCUAGUGAAGAAGCAGAUCAAUCAAGGGCCAAGGAGCAUGAACCUGAGAUAGUAACUGCAGAGCCACCUGAACCAAAGACAACAGAGCCAUCAGGGUCUGGAUCAUCAUUUAGGCCCGGGACAUGGCAGCCACCAUCCUAA